AUGGUAUUCCCUCCCGAGUAUGCGAAGACAGGGAUGUCUCUGCCAAACGGUACAGGGCUCGCUGGAGGGCUUCCUGGCAUGAUGCCGGGGUUGCCACCGCCACCUCCACCACCUGCUAUGGGAGCUCCAGCUGGGAUGGUGAAACCGCCUCCUCCCAUGCCAGGACUUCUCAAACCUCCUCCGCCGCCUCCUGGAGGUGGCUGCCUACCGGGACCUCCUGGAGUACCACCUCCGGGAAUGCUGCUCAUUCCACACCCAGGCCUCCUGCCCGUGGUGGCGCCACCAAAUGCAGCGACAUCCCCGAGCCCUGCAGCACCCAAAGACGCCGUGCCUGCAAAUACAACAGGAAAGCAGUUUCCUUGGGAGGGCACGAGCGGAAUCCAGUGCAAGUAUGGCAGAGCCUGCAAGAACUCGCAGUGCACAGACACACAUCCAACAGGGCGUGCGAUCGAUGAGGACCCGAACAGUACUAUCUGCAGAUUUGGACGCAAAUGCAAGCGACAGGGCUGUUUCUUUGUUCAUCCGCAAGGUCGCGAAGUGGAUGAUGAUCCCUCAAAGGGAAUGUGCCGGCAAGGUGUGAAUUGCAAGCGACCAGAUUGCUUGUACUCUCAUCCCGAGGGCCGGAUGAUAGAGGGACAAGAGUCGAGGGCCUGCCACAUCUGUGGUAUAGCCGGCCACUUGAUGAAAGAUUGUCCUAAGCGCAGAGGUGCCGCAGCACUGCCUCUUGUCAAGGGACAGUACGUGACCCUGGCAGAUUUCCCGUCUGACUGGGAAUCCAAGUCGACGGAAGAUCUCACUGCCCAGUUGGCAGAGGAGCUUGAGGUUUUUGGGUCCUUGACCCUGGCACCAAUUUUGAUUGAUGGGCACCGGAAGGCGGUGGGUGCCUUCGAAGAAGAGGAGGCAGCAAAGGCAGCAGUCGAUGCAUUGCAGUCGAUCAUAACCAUCGAGCUACGUGAUCCCCCCACUCAGAACGUCGCUGAUGGGAAGCCAGGAUCCAUUCUUAUCCAGGAUUUUCCUGCUCGAUGGCAAGCCUCGGACAUUGGUGCGCUGCUGCACGGCACGGUCAAGCCCAGCUCACUAGUCAGCAUCGAAAUGGUACCAGGGCCCGGUGAGGGCGAAGGCGGCAACCGUGGUGGGGCGCGUGUGAGAAUGCGCGACUUCGGCACAGCAAGAGAAGCUGCAAAGGAGCUUCAAGGCCAAAAGGUGGCAGGCAAGCCUUUGCAUAUCGUCCUGGAAGACGAGGAAGGAGUGUCGCACGAUAUUGACGAGACGGAAGAGGUCCCCGCCAAGGGCAAGGACUAUCCCGACAGGAAAGUGGAUGGCAUCGAGAUGUGCCAGGACUACCGGAUGGAUCGCUGCACACGUGGCGACCGAUGCAAGUUCUCGCAUGGCGAGGAUGAUAGUGAUGAGAAGAAAGCUCGUUUGGAGAAGGAGCGCCGGCGGCGUGAGGAGAGGGCGGAGAGGGAGGACAGGGACCGGGAUCGUCGACGAGACCGGAGGCGCUCCAGAAGCCGAAGCCGACAUAGAAGGUCCCGCAGUCGAGAUCGUGACCGUGACCGGGCCCCCAGAAAGGGUAAGAUACACAUCAUACACAUUGACGAGUUGAAAAUGCCAAAUCGGCCAGAUGUCGAGCCUGCUCCGACGGAUGUCGAGCUCUUCGUUGACCCUUUGCCGGACGAGGACUUGAUGGACACAUGCCUGAAUGCCUUCGGCCCGACUGAGGACAUCUAUGUGCUGCCGAUCCCCGGACCACGCAAAGGUUACGUGAAGUUUAGGGAGCAUGGCGAUGCUGUUUGUGCCGUGGAGGCUGCCUUUGGUACCUGGUCAGAGUCGGAGAGGGUAUUGUCGUCGCAGCGUUCAAAGAAGAACGACGGCACCGUCGCAACCUACCCCGACAGCAUCAUUGCCAGACUCGUUGGAUCCAGAGGUGAUGCGAUCAAGAAGCUGCAAGAAGAGAGUGGCGCC